CCGGCUGCAAGCAGAGAGUGCUUUUCCCUGCCAGGACCUGAUGCAAUCCAUUCAAGCCAACAAGUUUGGAGAGAAUGUUGAGUUCAAUCAAUUCAGAACGUCGAGAUGGAGCCCAACUCACUCCAGUGGGUCGGCUCACCGUGUGGAUUGCACGGACCUUAUAUUUUCUAUAAGGCUUUUCAAUUCCACCUUGAAGGCAAACCAAGAAUCUUGUCCCUUGGCGACUUUUUCUUUGUAAGAUGUACGCCAAAGGAUCCGAUUUGCAUAGCGGAGCUCCAGCUGUUGUGGGAAGAAAGGACCAGCCGGCAACUUUUAUCCAGCUCGAAACUUUAUUUCCUCCCCGAAGACACUCCCCAGGGCAGAAAUAGCGACCAUGGCGAGGAUGAGGUCAUCGCCGUCUCCGAAAAGGUGAUCGUGAAAUUGGAAGAUUUGGUCAAAUGGGCGCAUUCUGAUUUCUCCAAGUGGAGAUGUGGGCUCCGAGCCACCCCGGUGAAAACGGAGGCUUGUGGAAGAAAUGGACAGAAGGAGGCCCUGCUCAGGUACAGACAGUCAACCCUCAACAGUGGGCUCAACUUCAAGGACGUUCUCAAGGAGAAGGCCGAUCUUGGGGAAGAUGAGGAAGAAACCAAUGUGAUCGUGCUCAGCUACCCUCAGUACUGUCGGUACCGUUCCAUGCUCAAACGGAUCCAGGAUAAGCCAUCUUCCAUCCUCACGGACCAGUUUGCGCUCGCCCUGGGGGGCAUCGCAAUGGUCAGCAGAAACCCCCAGAUCCUGUACUGUCGGGAUACCUUUGAGCACCCUACUCUCAUAGAAAACGAGAGUAUAUGCGAUGAGUUUGCGCCAAAUCUUAAAGGCAGACCACGCAAAAAGAAAACAUGUCCCCAGAGAAGAGAUUCCUUCAGUGGCUCGAAGGACCCCAACAAUAACUGUGAUGGUAAAGCCAUCAGCAAGGUGAAAGGCGAGGCCAGGUCAGCCUUGACCAAGCCGAAGAAUAACCACAGCAACUGUAAAAAAGCCCCAAAUGAAGAAAAGCCAAAGCUGUCCAUUGGAGAAGAAUGUAGGGCAGACGAACAAGCCUUCUUAGUGGCACUUUAUAAAUACAUGAAAGAAAGAAAAACGCCCAUAGAGCGAAUUCCCUACUUGGGUUUCAAACAGAUUAACCUUUGGACUAUGUUUCAAGCUGCUCAAAAACUUGGAGGAUAUGAAACAAUAACAGCCCGCCGUCAAUGGAAACAUAUUUAUGACGAGUUAGGUGGUAACCCCGGGAGCACCAGCGCGGCCACUUGUACUCGCAGACACUACGAAAGGUUAAUCCUACCAUACGAAAGGUUUAUCAAGGGAGAAGAAGAUAAGCCUUUGCCUCCAAUCAAACCCCGGAAACAGGAAAACAACUCACCAGAAAACGAGAAUAAAACGAAAGUAUCUGGAACCAAACGCAUCAAACAUGAACUGCCCAAAAACAAGAAAGAGAAAGAGAAUACACCAAAGCCCCAGGAUACAUCUGAGGUUUCAGCGGAGCAAGGGAAGGAAGAUGAGGCAGUAAGUCAGAAAAGCAUCCCAGAGCCUCUUGCUGCUCCCGAAGUCAAGAAGAAACCAGAAGGGCACAAGGAUCUUGCAGCGAGGGCGCCGGUGUCCAGAGCAGACCCAGAAAAGGGCAAUGAGACUGACCAAGGUUCCACCAGUGAGAAGGAGGCUGAGGAGGCGGGAGACAAGGGCCCCGCCCCUAUGCUCCCAAGCCCUCCCCUGCCUCCUGAAAGAGACUCAGCUCCUACCCCUGGGGCUGGCAAACAGCCCCUUGCCUCUCCCAGCUCCCAGAUGGACUCAAAGCAAGAAGCCAAACCCUGUUGCUUUACAGAGAGCUCUGAAAAUGACCUCCAAGAAGCACCCUUUCCCAGCUUUCCCGCCACCCAGCCACCCCUGGCAAGCCAGAAUGAGGCAGAGGAAGACAAGCUUCCCGCCAUGACUAACUAUAUUGCCAACUGCACUGUGAAGGUGGACCAGCUGGGCAGUGACGACAUCCACACCGCCCUCAAGCAGACCCCGAAGGUCCUUGUGGUCCAGUCAUUUGACAUGUUCAAAGACAAAGACUUGACCGGGCCCAUGAACGAGAACCACGGACUUAAUUACACGCCCCUGCUCUACUCCCGGGGCAACCCCGGCAUCAUGUCCCCACUGGCCAAGAAAAAGCUUUUGUCCCAGGUGAGUGGGGCGAGCCUCUCCAGCAGCUAUCCCUACGGCUCCCCACCCCCUUUGAUCAGCAAGAAGAAGCUGAUUGCCAGGGACGACCUGUGCUCGGGUUUGUCCCAGGCCCACCACAGCCAAAGCUCUGAUCACACGACCAUCAGCCGGCCAUCCGUAAUCCAACACGUCCAGAGCUUCAAAAGCAAGGCCUCUGAGGAGAGAAAGGGCAUCAAUGAGAUCUUCAAGCACGACAAACUGAGUCGGUCCGAUGCUCACCGCUGUGGUCUCUCCAAGCACCAGCUCAGCUCCCUGGCCGACUCCUACAUCCUGAAGCAAGAGGUGCAGGAGGGCACGGACAAACUAUUAGAGAAGAGAGCGGUCUCCCACGCCCACAUGCCCAGUUUCCUGGCAGACUUCUACUCAUCCCCGCAUCUCCACAGCCUCUACCGACACACGGAACACCAUCUUCACAACGAACAGUCGCCCAAGUAUGCCUCCAGAGACAUGUACCAGGAAUCUGAGAACAGCGCUUUUCUUUCUCACAAACACCCAGAGAAGGUCCAUGUCAACUAUCUCGCCUCUCUGCAUCUGCAAGAUAAGAAGUUGGCUGCGGCAGAAGCCUCCAGAGAUGAUCAACCAACGGACCUGAGCCUUCCCAAGAACCCACAGAAACUAACCAGCAAAGUCCUGGGCCUGGCCCACUCAGCCUCGGGGUCCCAGGAGAUCAAAGGCGCCUCCCAGUUCCAGGUCGUCAGCAGCCAGAGUCGAGACUGUCACCCCAAAGCCUGCCGGGUAUCUCCCAUGACCAUGUCGGCCCCUAAAAAAUACCCCGAGUCGAUUGCAAGGUCGGGAAAACCUCACCAUGUGAGACUGGAGAACUUCAGGAAAAUGGAAGGCAUGGUCCAUCCCAUCCUGCACCGGAAGAUGAGCCCUCAGAACAUUGGAGCGGCUCGCCCUAUCAAGCGCAGCCUGGAGGAUUUGGAUCUUGUGAUCGCUGGGAAAAAAGCCAGGGCUGUGUCUCCCUUGGACCCAGCCAAAGAGGCUUCUGGGAAAGAAAAGGCCUCGGAACAGGAGAGCGAGAGCAGCAAAGGAGCCUACGGUGGGCAUUCUGGGGCUGCAUCCGAAGGCCCCAAGCUUCCGGUCUCCUCCCCCAUCUUCCCAGGUUUGUAUUCUGGUAGCCUGUGUAACUCGGGCCUCAACUCCAGGCUCCCGGCCGGGUACUCCCAUUCUCUGCAGUACUUGAAGAACCAGACGGUGCUCUCUCCUCUCAUGCAGCCCCUGGCUUUCCACUCGCUCGUGAUGCAAAGGGGAAUUUUUACGUCGCCGACCAAUUCUCAGCAGCUGUACAGACACUUGGCUGCCGCGACCCCCGUGGGGAGUUCCUACGGGGACCUGUUGCACAACAGCAUCUACCCGUUAGCUGCUAUCAACCCUCAGGCUGCCUUCCCACCGUCUCAGCUGUCCUCUGUACACCCCAGCACAAAACUGUAAGCCUCGCUGUGCCCAGCAUCCCCAGACGGCGGGGGGGUCCGUGCGCCAACCCCGGAGGGCUGGCUUGCAGAGUUGGAAGUCAGUAUUCCUUCUCAUCUGGCGAUACAGUUCGUCCCAGCCAUAGAGGCCUAAAGGCCAGGUGAACACGCCUACCUUUUUCGAGGACAACCCUAGGCUGGCCGGCCAGUUGUCCGUCCAACACAGAUGGCCUAGGGCCUCCAGACCUCCUUUUCAAGUGGCUCUUUGUGAAGGGUAUCUGUGUCUAUCCCAGAAGAACUCAGAGGACCCCCCUGAGUUUGGAUGGUAGGGAAGCAAUCUGAGCAAAAAAAAAAAAAAAAAAAAAAAAAAAAGUGGGGGCAGGCUUUUCAAAGGACAGGGCAAGAAAGGACUGGCAAGCAACAGCCAGGGGAUGUCCCUCUUUUUCAUAAAACUCACCAAGUUCAAUCAAUGCAAUGUAUAGUAAAACUUAAAGAGACCUUUCAUCCUGACACUAUUAAACAAUCCAGAGAAGUAAACACUGUUAAACUGUAUAUAUUUGCUUCUUAAAGCUACCCGUAUCACUGUUCACUCACCUAAUUUAUAUACAGAUAGUUCUGUUUUCUCCUGGUUCUUUCUUGUUCCUGCCCUGGGGUAUUUUGGGGUUUAUCUGUUUGUUUUGUUUGUUUUUCAAUUAAACGGUAACUCUUCUAUUUGCAGGUCUUCUGUUUUGGGUUUUUUUUUUUUUUUUUGGUGUUUUUGGUUUUUUGUUGUUUUUGUUUUUGUUCUGUUCCGUUUGCAAGGCUGACUGACUCUCUUAGUUGUUGAUGUGUAUUUUUAUCAAUUUUCCCCUUCCCCCCACUUCUUCUUUUGAGCAGCUUUGGGUGGUCAAGUUAUUGUUUACAAAUUGAAGCAACUGAUUUUAGUGGAACCGACUGAGAAGAACCCGUGGAGAACACGAGCUAGCGGAAAGCCUGUGCCUUUGCGGGUCUGCGCCUCGAGGAUUCCGGUCCUCCUAAGUGGCAGAGUUGAGAGAGCUUAGACACUGCUUCUCCAGCCAAAUGCUUUGCUUUGAAGUAUUGGAUUAUGUGAAAAUAUUAAGCAUUGUACUCACCUUAUCUAGGCUGUGAACCCGUCCUACAUACCAGAGAAAUCAUAAAACAAAAAACCUUGUUGGCAAAAAGCCACUGACUAACGGUCUAGAGGACAUACGUGUGGGCUGUGCAGACAUUUUAGGAAUUUCAAAACUUAAGAGCCAGGGUGACUCAUGCUGGUGUUGGGACUGCACCUUUUAAAUGGUCUGGAGAAGGGGACUGGGAAAGGAUGGUGUGUGCCUGUCCAGCAGAGAAGGGGCUACCCAAGAUCUGACCACUGGGCAUCCCAGCCAGGCCUUGGCCCCUUGGGUGACAGAGUUAUUGUCAUCAUCAGCUGGCUUUUUUUAGUUUCCUAGCAAGAUUCUCCCAGGUUACCUCUUUGGGAAGUAAUUGGAUAAUCUGUUUCAAAAGAAAGCCAUCCUCCUUUGGUUUCUGGGGGGUGGGUUUGAUGAGGAUGUGUACACUUAAGGUGUUUUGUAUCAAGUUUUUCACCACGUGGCCAUACUGUCUACUCUGGGGUUUGUUUGACUGUCAUUCUUGACACUGAUUCCAUUUGCUCCCAAGGUACUACAUCUGCUAAGUGUAGCAAGUGGACCCAUAGAGUGGAUUUGCUUUCCCAUCUCCACCCAACUCUGCCAAAAGCUGCUUGGAGAAGUCCCAGGUCCACUGCCCUCCUCUCUCUCGACACUACCAGUAGACUCCAGGACCAUAGUUAACCAAGUCUUUUUAUUUUUACCUCUGACAUAUUUAAGUCUAUGAAACUUGAUGACAGUUUUCAACAUCUCUGAAUAGGUAACUCAACUACAAAAAUAAUCAAAACCAGUGACCGUGAAACUGCGGUUCUUACGCAAAGCCAUGCAUGCCACUCACCUGUAUUGAAAUGUCCUCAUGAUAUGAAGCCAAAUAGUCCAUGUAGUAACAUGCUAUCCAAAGGUGGAAACAAAGGAAUGUAGCGACCCAGUGUUAAGAGUUCCAUUCGCUUCAAUUAAUUAUUUACCUUCCUGUGGAAUAAUAUAUAUAUUAUAUUAUAUUUAAUAGGACCAUAGAUAGACUAGUAUAACUUAGAUCAUAAAUGUGCACAUGCAGAUUAUUCUGCUGUUGCACAAGAAAGGGUAUGUGUGUGUGUGUGUGUGUGUGUGUGUGUGUGUGUGUGUGUGUGUGUGUUGGGGGGGGGUCUCAAUUCCAGCCAGCAUAAUGCUGGCCAGGACACAGUAUGAGAAAGUUGCACUAGAUUAAAUGGUCAGAAUCAGAAGAGGAGAAAAAAAGAACCAGGGAUUCUGCAGCAGGCAUGGGCUGGAUCCAUACAUGGUCCCUGUGAGUUCGUUUCUCGAAGAAAACAGGGAUGUCUGUGUCGCCGCGACCCCCCCCCCCACUCCCCCACGAGCUCACCCAUUUGCAAGAUGGGGUGAUUGUUUUCCUCAGUGUGGUGAGUUGAGAUGUGUUCAUCAUGUAGGAAUUCGAUCACACCAUUUUCAAACAAUGUCAACAUAGUCCAGCUAUUGUUUUUCUCAUCUCUUCCGAGAGGAGACUCACUGUUUCUGCUGAAGGAAGCUCAGACCCUCGGCAAAAACAUCAGGACAAAUGCAAAGAACAGAAGCAGAAGCGGUGUGUUAUUUAUUUUAAAACUCCAAACGGGAGAUCUUGGAAAUCUUUCAAAAAGACCAUUGAAUUUUUCAUUGGCUGAGAAGGACGUUUUAGAAAGUCUUAAAUCAGGCUUUGUUUGCAUUGUUUGAGUUCAAGGGGCCUUACUAUUGAAUGGCAUUGCACAAGCCUUUCUUUGUGCAAUCAAACCAUUGUUAUUGGUAGUUCUGUAAAGGAAACUGUGGAAUCCAAUUGGCACCGGAGUCAUAAAUCCAUUUACCAAGUGUGGCUUCCGAGAAAUGUUGCAAUUCAAAAUGCACUAAGCCCGUGAAUUAUUGGAGAUUUGGAGAUUCUAAAUAAUAUUUAAAAAUAUAUCAUCUCCAUGUAACUUCUGGCCUAACUUUUGGCAAUUUGACUUAGAAAUAAAAUAUAAAGGAAAAGUAAAAUACCAUGAUGGCCCAACCAAACUUUAGGUUUAAAGUACUUUUCCUAGUAAGUGAUUCAAAGGUGUUAAGUAUUUGCCACAGGACUGAUUUAUUUCUUAGCUAGAAGCUCUCGAUUUCGCUUGCUCAUCAGGGCAUCCAUAGAAGGGUUUGUCAAGACUCCGUGUUGACGUCACAGCUUUGCAACCUGGUGCAUGAAUCCUUAAGUACUGUAUUUCACUGUGUUGGUGUGUCUGAUGGAAAUUUCAAGGUGGUCCCACAAAUAUAUUUUGUGUAGUGUGCCUUCAAAGAGAACCAUUAUUUCUCUUCACUUGUUGUCCCACUAAGUUACAUUUGGUGGUGGUCAGCCAAGUCCCAUGUGGUCCAGUUUGACUCAUUGUCCCGAGUUGAGAGAGUAACGGGAACGGUUUUGCCCUGGUGAGACCCACACCCCUGGAGCAGUGAGCACCUCAGCUCCGGUGUUGGCUGUUGAUGUAUUGGAUAUUCUGCUUGUCUCCCCAUGGCAGAAAGAUCUCUGAAAAAAAAAAUAGCAGCAUAAUCUCUUGGCUGUUUAUACUUUUUUAAACUCCCCUGUGUUGUAAAUAGUGUACACUUUGAGUGACUCCAGCUAAUGUAACCUCUACGCUCUGUAAGGUGAUCAUUUGUAUAUAAUGACCUGGCCCAGUGAUGUUAUAUAAUUUCCCAAUGGAGAGGUUAUUGAGUAACCUUUGCGUUAGUUUAAACACUACCAGAAGAAUGCUGAGCCAACUAUAAACACUCAAUUUUGUAUGUUUUCCAAAUUGUACUUAUUACUGCUUUUGAUACUGUAUUCCGUGCCAAUAGUUUCCCAAUCACAUAGCAGGCAAGAGAUAUUUUGUACUUUUUGAUCCACUGUAAUAUUUAAUAAAAAAUGUUACUAUCUGUU